UUCUGUUCUCUUCCCCUCCCCUCUCCCAACCAGAUGCAGGCAAAGGAUUCCCAGCCCUUCCCUCAUGGCCACAUGAGGCGGUUCAUUCUGGACAAAUAACUGGAGAGGAGGUUCCUCAGGUCGGAGCUCUUGUCACUGUGAUUUUCAUCUAUUUACCAGGGAAGCUGGUGGGUGCUGGGUGGAACUCCUGUCAGUUGCAUACAGAAUUAGUUGUAGCUACCUGUUGACCUAGAAGUGAGUUAUCCAAACAGGUUGGUGCCAGACCCUACAAAAACUGUCCCACUGACUGCCAUGCCUACCCAACUGGAGAAAGCCAUGGACACCCUGAUUAAAAUCUUCCACUGUUACUCCAGCAAAGAAGGGGACAUGUUCAAGCUCAACAAAGGGGAGCUGAAACUGCUGCUCCAGAGUGAGCUCACAGAUUUCCUAUCAUGCCAGAAGGAUCCUCAGUUGGUCGACAAGAUUAUGAAAGAUCUAGAUGCCAAUAAAGACAAUGAAGUGGACUUUAACGAGUUUGUAGUUAUGGUGGCUGCCCUCACAGUGGCUUGUAAUGACUACUUUGAAGAGCAGAUGAAGAAAAAAGGAAAGUAGAAAGAAAGGGCAAAUGAAUCUUCUGGGCAAAUGCAUGACCUGCCUUGUUUAUGUAGUCUUCCUCUGAUAGCUUCCCAUCAUCAAGUUGUAAUUAGCCUUAAGAUAUUUCCCCUUUAACUUUUUAAACUUCUUCUUUAGCCUUUUAAAAUUAUAUUUAUCUAUUAGAAUGCUCAUAAGCAUUUGCUUUUCUGUCAGAAAAAAAAAAUUAUCACAAAUUUCUAGCUACUCUCCAAUAAGGCUAGUAGUACUUGGAGCAUUUAUAUCAGAACUCCUAUUUCCACUCCCCUGUCUUCCAUCUUACCCUGCUCCAAUUGUUGCUAAUACAACUGCCAAAAUGAUCUUCCAAAGUCCAUUGCUUUUCUGUUCAAAUAUCUUCAGCGAUUCCCUAUGAUAUCUAAAAUAAAAUAUAAACGCCUCCACCCUACAUUUAAAACUUGCUAUAGCCUGGCUUUCUGGAUAUUUUAGGUGUGGGUACCAUAUUUCAUUAAGUUCAGAAUUUUUAUUUUUUAAGAUGAAUAUUUAUUGACUACCUAAACUAAAGAGGCUAAAUAAUUAUAAAAGUUAACAAAAUGUAACUUUAAAAAUAUAAAAUUUAACAAUGACACGAAUUUCUCCCAAAUUAAGCUGAGAAUAUCUAGUAUAUUCUUUUGUUCCAGUUCACCUGUUUCAUCAUUCUAUCUUCUAGCCCCAGACCUUCACACAGGUCUUUUAUCUCUUAGGUCUCCAUUCUCAUCUCCAUGAGUUGGGAUCUUUCUCAUCCUUUUGGGAUCCAGCCUAGGUUCCAUUCCCAUCAUGGAGACUCUCAUGAUUUCCUCUGUUGUCUCCCAUCUCAAUCUACCCAAAUUACCUUAUGUUUUCUUAUCUGCUUACAAAUUAUAUCCAUAGAGUAGAAUAUCAAUGAUUUGAAGUUACAAAAUGCCUAAUUUUGUCUUAUUAUCUCUCUAGUGUCUAGCACUAUGCCUUGC